UUACGGUAUUAUAUCGUUUAUGCCAUACAAGCUGGCAGAAAGGACAAAGUGAUAGAGUUGUUUGACAUACAUGGGAGUGAAUUGCUGCAAAAAGACCAAGAGUGGGCCUCGUGGUUUGCAAUUCCAUAUAUUAAAACUCCUCAAUCAGAUCCCCAGUUUCGGGUAUACUUUUCUAAGGAGUGGUCCAAUGCUCUACAUCUAUCUCUUAGAAAUUUUGUAAGCAAGAUGUUUAAUGGCACUCGUAUCCCUGCGUUAAUGAAGAUCAGUUCUGAAAGGAACAUGGUGAGUCGCCUCAAAGGAGAUAUCAAGCAACUUAAUUUCAAACUUGCACAACUUCAAGCAUUGUUGGAGGAAAAAGAGGCUCAGCUACACCAGUUUAGGAGUAAUGCUUUGUUAGCAACAGAAGUCAUUGUCGGGACAAACAGCUCAUUGAAUCCUCAUCCUGGUUCGGGGGAACCUACAGUUUUCAGACCUAUGGCAUCUCGUGAUAUUUGUGUUUCUGCAACUUCACAAGCAGGUGAAAGAGAACCUAAACACAUUGAUGAUAUCAGGCCUGAUGAUACUCAAGUUUCAACUUCUAAAAUUAGUAGUCAAACUCAGAACACUGGAAAUGGAGCGCAGAGAGAAGAAGAAUUCUCUGAAGUGAGAGUGGACUUCCAGGUAGACUCUUUUAAGAGACAAUAUUGAGUUUAAUAGGCUGGG